AUGUUCCACGUUCUCUUUCUCUAUUUCUGCGUUGAAACUGUCGCCACUCAGAUCUUUUCUGAGACCAUCGGCAAAGUGAUCAUCAAGCAGAAUGCUUGCUCAGUCAUGCCGAGCCGCAUCUGGAAAAGGUAAGUGAGCGAUCAUCCGCUGCCAUUUUCACCGCUCCUGACCCGAAAAGACGACGAAAAGACGGGGUAUUUGAGGGGAUAAUGGCUUGGCGUCAAACAAUUGCCUAUUUCUGAGCCGCCGGCCUGAAUCAGCAACACGUUCGAAUCCAUUCAUACUUAAUCUAGACCAAAUCCAAGCGAGUUUUUUGUGAAAACAAAUCCACGUCACUUGAAUAGUGAUGGUGUUGAUCUCUUUUGUGUUUCGGGUCAAAAUGACCAAGAUCCGUUUGGGGGGCAAAAAGAGAGAUCAUCAAAAAUUCAGCCAAAGAAUGGAAGGUGUGACGUCUCCUGACUAUGAAAGCGAGAACAUUCAUAACCCCGCGCUCUUCUGGAAUAGAGCCAAGAAUAUCCAAGAUCAUUCUGUGCACGUGUAUAUUUCGGUUUUCAGAUUCAACCAGCAUGGUCCGAAACCUCUUGGCGAAUACCCGCCGGAGACCCUCAAAUUCCUGAUGACCUGGGUCCACUCGGCACAUGGUGUCGAGAGCCAGCUCGAGAAUAUGCUGCUCAAGUGGGAAGAGCAAUCGGUGGGUGACGUCAAGUCAAAUACACCCUCUCAUUGUUCUUUCCGUUUUUAGAUUUGUUUCAAAAACGCAACAACGAUGUCGCUCAAGAAAGUGGCGCACGGAGGGGAAUUUUCGCGCGAGAUGCAGACGUUCUCGUACCUCGAAGUGCCAGAAUUCUGGGCCGCUCGAGAUGAGGAUGAUCUGAAUACCUGGAGGGUAAGCACGUCGACAAUUUAAAACUUUUUCAAGCAGACUCAUUUCAGAAUCUGAACGUUGACGAAUGCACCAGCACGGACGAAGUAACGUAUAGAUGUCCAGAGAGUGCUUUCAAAGAUUCCUGCACGCAAAAGGAUCUCGAUAAGUGUUCGGAACGGAUUGAAAUGGACAGCUCCGAGCACCUCGUGAGUUUUUCACUCGCUCAUCCUCUGGAACAUUUCCAACCCGAUAAUCUCCCCCCAUUCAAUCCGAUUGGUUGCAGUUCACAUUCACCCGCCGUCUCGCGAACUCCCAUCUGAUCGCAACUCGUGUUCGCAGAGGGAGCGUAAUCCGAAACGGCAACAUUUUCGACAUUAAACCAGUGGAAUUGCCGGAAAGGAUAUUCAAAAUCACUCUGGCAGCAACAGAUAUGAUGUCGAUAGGCGGCGUUCUUCUCAAAAACUGA